UGUGUGUCUGCUUGUGUUCCUCACAGGAACUGGAGAAGCUGAAGGAGGAAGUAGAAAACACCACAGAGCUGCAGACACAGAGAGAUCAGCUCAGACACAAGCUGCAGGAGACGGAGCUGCGUAACGAGGAGCUGGAGCUGCAGCUGGUGGGUCUGGAGCAGCGUGUGGAGAGCAGGCGUCUGGAGGAGCAGAGCUUCAGGAAGAGUCUCCGCUCACUGCUGCAGAUGCUGGACGGCAAGAUCUUCGAGCUGAGCGCACUCAGAGACAGCCUGGCCAAACUGAUGGACAGCCACAGCAGCUAGACACACACACACACACACACAUACACACAUAUAUAAACACACAUAUGCACACACACACACUCAACACGCCCCACUGUACUGCGCAGGAGUGUGUGAUGUUAACGCACACACACACACACACACACACGGAGAACAGACCUCCUCCAGAUCUGGACUCUUUUCUAUGAACUUGAUCAGAUCUGGAGACGCUGCAGACGGACGCUUAACACACUCUUCCACUCGUGAACUUCCACAAUCUGAGCAAUACAACAGAGGAACAGGACAGACGCUCGCUCGCACUGUUUUCAGGUAUUCACACACACACACACACACACACACACACACACACACACACACACUGCAGUGGCUCUGAAACCUCUCUCCAGACUUUACUCAUCUGUUUCUGGUGUGAUGGACUGGUGAAGAUGAUGAAGAUGAGGAAGGCGUGUCUGUUUUUGCGCUCCUCGGUGAGGGGGCGUGGCUUUACUUCCUGCUGUUUGAGUUCUGCUUAUUUAUUGUACAGAGUUAUAUCCAGAUAUUAUAAUGACAGCGGCUGCGCUCAGAGCCCAUACACACACAUCACGCCUGCACAUAUAUGCACAUUAUCCAGCAGAACAUAUCGACACACAGAACACCUGACAAACAGGAGACACUCAGUCUGAGAUGUAAUGGCUGUGUACACACCAAUUUUUUUCCAACCAACAUCAGCAUCAUCAUCAUCAUCUUCAUCAUCAUCAGCAUCAUCAUCAUCUUCAUCAUCAUCAUCAUCUUCAUCAU